AUGAACGGGGGCAUAUGCAGAGAGACCGCCGGCAAACAUCGAUGUGAUUGCCCGGAACCAUUUCAUGGACAAUUCUGUCAAUUUUCAUCCAAAGACUGGGCGUAUAAUUGGACGGUAACGGAGGUUGCACUUCUACUUGUUGUCGUGUUCCUGAUUGCCUGUGCAGUGGGAAUCAUUUGCUGCAGACAUAGCUUCAGCAGCAGUAUGGGUUUCUACGUCAGCGUGCCGUCAAAACGUUACAGCAGAUGGGAUGAAGGAGACAUAUCUGGAGACGAGGACGACUUAAUAGCGCUGGGUAUAAUACGAAAAGGAAAUUUGCGAAUGUCGCAAACCACAGAGACAAUAAUCGAAACUGAACCGCCAUGUGGUAGUUCACAACAGAUUGAUAUCGUCGAUUUGUGA